AUGCUCAACGCGAUAAACGCGGAACGGCUCGCUCGUGGCCUCCCCAGGCUCUGCAGGAGCAGGAAGCUCCAGGCCGCUGCGCAGAUGCACUCGAACGACAUGGCCAGGAGGAACUACAUGGGCCACACGGGCUCGGACGGCUCUACCAUCGAGAGUCGCAUCGACGAUGUCGGCUACUACUGGAUUGACGUCGCGGAGAACGUUGCCGCCGGCCAAGCAUCGGUGAGGUCCGUCAUGGCGUCCUGGAUGAGCUCGAGAUACCACCGAGCCAACAUCCUUAGCCGCAACUACAGGAUGUUCGGCUGCGGCUACGCGUACCGAGCCAGCACCAAGUAUGGACACUACUGGACGCAGGACUUUGCGGCGGGCGGCGGCGAGGUGUGCAGCUAA